AUGUCCUCCAAAGCCACUACAUCCCCUGAUCCAAAGAUCCAAAAAUCCCUCCACCGCAUCACCACCCAUCCAACCCUCACCCCCUACCGCCGCCGCGUCUACCGCGCGCUGCUCUCCAUCCCCGCCGGCCGCUGGACCACCUACGCCGCCCUGGCCAAGUACCUACACUCCAGCCCCCGCGCCGUCGGCUCCGCCAUGCGCACCAACCCCUUCGCCCCGGACGUGCCGUGCCACCGCGUGCUUGCGGCGGACGGGUCGCUCGGCGGGUAUAUGGGCAGCGGACCGGCGAGCGGGAGUGAGAAUCUACGGAGGAAGCAGCGUCUGCUCGAGAGCGAGGGGGUGACCUUUACUGAAGGCGGGAAGGGUGUGCGUGCUGUUGGGGAGUGUUUUGUGGGGUUUGCUUGA